UAGAGCAUAAGCCCUUACUCCGUUUCUGUGCAAUUCUAAAACCCUAACUGAACCCCAUUUCUUUUCCCUUUCUCCAAACCCUUUACUGUUAGAAACAACAUAUUUUCAAAAACGAAAAUAUGAUGAACACCGUCUUCAAACGCACAACUUCCUUAGCCUCCAGGCGGAUCCUCGCCGCCUCUGCUCAAACUCUCCUUCAUCACUUCCACUCUACUGCAACAGUUGCAGCAGCCGCCAGAGAUGCUGAGACUUGCUUUAUUAACAGAUUCAAACCCUUCCCUGGCUUUCCAGCGUCUGCAGCGAAGGGAUUUCACGCCAAAUCAGGGCCGUUGUAUUUCAGGGCAUCGACGAGCUUACAGGCAGAGUAUGCCGUCGAGGAUUAUGUCGAAGAGAAGGGAAGUGAAGCACUUGAGAUCUCUAAUCUGGGGAUUGCUCCCGAAAUUGUUUCUGCUUUGAAGAAUAGGGGCAUCACCAAAUUAUUUCCAAUCCAGAGGGCGGUGUUGGAACCAGCAAUGCAAGGAAGGGACAUGAUUGGAAGGGCAAAGACAGGGACAGGCAAAACGCUUGCCUUCGGGAUCCCUAUCAUGGACAAAAUCAUUCGAUACAAUGCUAAACAUGGCCGUGGUAGAAACCCUAUGUGCUUGGUUUUGGCACCAACAAGGGAACUUGCUAAACAAGUUGAGAAGGAAUUUCAUGAGUCUGCUCCCAACUUGGAUACAAUAUGUGUUUAUGGUGGUACUCCAAUUUCUCGUCAAAUGAGGCAGCUUGAUUAUGGUGUUGAUGUAGCUGUUGGUACACCAGGUCGCAUUAUUGAUCUGCUUAAGAGAGGUGCUCUUAACUUAUCAGAGGUUCAAUUUCUUGUUCUUGAUGAAGCUGAUCAGAUGCUUCAAGUUGGAUUUGCUGAAGAUGUUGAAACCAUACUGGAGAGGCUGCCUGCAAAUCGUCAAAGUAUGAUGUUUUCAGCAACCAUGCCUAAUUGGAUUAGAAGCCUUACCCAAAAGCACUUAAAAAACCCAUUAACGAUUGAUCUGGUUGGAGAAAAUGAUCAAAAGUUGGCAGAAGGAAUUUCCUUGUAUUCGAUUGCAGCAGAUAUGCGUGGGAAAGCAGGAAUUCUUGGUCCACUAAUAACAGAGCAUGCGAAAGGAGGAAAGUGUAUUGUUUUCACUCAAACAAAGCGUGAUGCAGAUCGGUUGGCAUAUGCCAUGGCAAGAAACUUUAAAUGUGAGGCUUUGCAUGGUGAUAUAUCUCAAAGCCAGAGGGAAAGAACUCUCUCAGGAUUCCGAGAUGGGCAUUUUAAUAUUUUAGUUGCUACUGAUGUUGCUGCUCGUGGCCUUGAUAUACCUAGUGUUGACCUGGUAAUACAUUAUGAGCUUCCAAAUACGUCUGAAACUUUUGUCCAUCGAACUGGCCGAACUGGUCGUGCUGGAAGGAAAGGAAGUGCAAUUCUUAUCUAUACUCAGGACCAGAGUAGGGCUGUUAAGGUUAUCGAGCGAGAAGUAGGCUGUAGAUUUUCUGAGCUUCCUAGGAUUGAAGUUGAUGGUGGGAGCACUGGCAUGUUUAAUGAUAUUGGUGCUGGUGGUCGAUUUGGAGGUCCACGAGAUCGUGGAUAUGGUGAUAUGGGUUUUGGUCGUUCUGGUCGGCAAGCGGAAUAUGGAUUUGGCCGUUCUGGAGGCAAUAGGGGUACUGGAUUUGGUCGUAGUGGCAGUCAGUUUUCUGAUGAGAUGGGUGGUUAUGGAGGUCGUUUUGGUUCUAAUAACCGGUCUGGAAAUUUUGGUGGUUCUGCAUCCAGUCGUUCUAGUGGCUUUGGUAGUUUUGGUUCUAGACGUACCAGUGGAUUUGGGGACUUCGGUUCAGGUAAUCCAGGUGGAUUUAAUGACAAUCGUUCUGGUCAAACUGCUGGUGGCUUUGGCGGCUUUGGUUCUGGUGGAUUUGGUGACAAGCAUUCACGCCAAAGUAGUGCGAGCAAUGGUGAUUCUCGAUCUAGUCGAUUUAGCCGCUUUGGGGUCUCCGAUGUUGAUACCGAUCAGAGCACUGGAGGAACACCCUUCUAAAUUCUUUGAGGGAAGAAGGCAGCAAUCUCGAUGACAGCUUUCAGUGGGAAACAGAUAUUGAGAAACAAGGAUUUUUUGUUUUGGUACGUGAUAAGUUUUGUUGGGAAGAAAGAAAGGAUAUAUAACCCUAAUCGCUUUCCUCUCCCCUCGCCGGUUAGUGCUUAAGUUAACUAAUAUAUAUACUAGUUACUCAGAUGGGAAUGUUUUAAGAUGCUGACUAUUAAUAUUGAAAUUGAUUCUAUGUGAAGAGAAAAUAUAAUAAAAAAAACAUCCAGUAGGAUCAUGUAUUACGAAUUAAGUUGUCAUGGUAUAUUUCAUUAUGGGAAAGUGGCCUGAUCUUUGGUGACU